GGUAAUCCUUUUCUUGUUCGUCUUUCUUGUAGGUCUUCUACCUAAUCUCUAUAUAUCCGCAUAUAUAUAUGUGUCCAAUUUAAUUAGUAAAAUUCUGGCCUUGCCAAAACACCUACUUCGCAUUCUUCUUCUCUAAAUCAUUCAGCCGAAACUUUCCCCUCCAGCGGAAGAAGUAUUUAUAUCAGCUGUAAUUCGCGUAAACAUGACCGCCAGUGGUGUGGCGAUUGCCUACGAUGUUAUUAUGGCGCUCUUGGGAUCGUUCCUCAUAAUUCUCGGGAUUGUUCUUUUCAUGGUUUGCAAGAAGAAGCCGGUCGAGUCCGAGGAAACUCUUCCUGUCAAGCUAUGUGCACAAGCAUACCCACUGACCGACAUAGAUUCGGCGACUGAUGGUUUCAACCCCACAAGGAUGAUCGGUCAGGGUCGCCUCGGGGCAGUGUACUCCGGCGUCUUAUCAAAGGAUCAACAGCUAGUCGCAGUUAAAAGAAUCCACCCACGGCUAGUGUUGAGCAAUGCGGGGUUUGGAUUUUCUUCUGUAGUAAAAUCGAUCUCUCUAGCUUUUCACCCCAAUAUAGUCCCAAUUUUGGGGUUCUCUCAAGCUCCGGGCGAGAGAAUCAUUGUGACGGAGUUCAUCAGCUUGGGAAGCUUGGACUUUUAUUUACAUCAGAAUCCCGAUGGGGCGGCUCUUCUGGAUUGGAGCCGGCGGCUGAGGAUUGCUUCGGGGACUGCUCAGGGCCUUGAGUAUCUGCACGAAGGAACAGCUCCAAGUAUAGUCCAUGGGUGCGUAAAGUCUUCGAACAUUCUUAUAGAUGAUAGGAUUUGUGCAAGGGUCUCCGACUUUGGCCUGUCUUUCUUGGCGCCACAAGAGAAGAGAGGCCUUCUAGGGUUUGUGGAUGACGAGUAUUGGGUCGAAAGAGGGGUCCCCUGCAAGGAAACCGACGUUUACGGGUUUGGAGUCUUGUUGUUGGAGAUUCUGAGUGGGAGGAGAAGCGAAGAGGGAUUGCUUGCGAAGUGGGCAUUGCCGUUGAUUAAGGAAAUGCGGUUUAUCGAAUUCUUAGACCCUAGGCUCGUCAUUCCAUCGGAUAUAAAGCCUCUUGUUAGAUUGGCAAGAGUUGCAUUAGCCUGUGUUGGGAAUUCGAGAAAGAGCCGGCCUUCGAUGGUUCAAGUGGCGGCGAUAUUGAGCAAUUUGGAGAUGGAGGUGUCGUGUCCUUGAGUUUGAUCGAAGCAAUCGAUGAUUCGUUGGCCAUGAUUGUCUAGGAAGGAGACCCACAAAUCGAUCGUGACAAACGAACUUGCAAAUGAUCGAUGAUCCAAUUUGGUUUGUAAAGGUUGCUUAAUUUUUCUUUGGGCAGAGGGUGAAGCACAAGAAAGAAAGAUGUGGUAUGCAUUCUUGGUCAAGGACACUUUUGCGUCAAAUUGGUAGGAAAACGAUGGAUGAGAUGUAGUAAUAGUAGUCCAUAAACCAAAACAAUUGGCGCAUCUAGCAAGAAAUCGUAGAUCAUUCCAAGGGAGACUCAGCCAAUGUCCGAUGUAAUAAACGCUAUGGAUCGAUGGAUGAAUAACUACGGCGUGUGGUUUGCGCUUGCUUUUUGAUCAACAUCCGGUGGGUAAUCCAUCUUCGUGUUUUGCUGCCAAGGUCACAAUCUAGGCAAGGACGGCAUCUAUUGGCUUCGAUCGUCAAUCAAGUAGUUGGCUAAUUACAUGGGGGGGUUGGUCGAAAUUUGAGGGUUCAUAUAUGUGCAACAUAUACAGGAGAGUAAUAUCGUGCACAAGAAGGAAACUUUCGGUAGGAAGCGUACGUCUGGGAGAUGUUGAAAUGAGAUUGGAAAGCAAAGGUGUGUGGGGCAACGGACCAAGUCAAUUUUGGCUUUAGGUUGGGCGGUGAAUUUAAGUCUUUUGUUUCCGUGUGGAAUUGGGCAUCUUCUUUUCAUGAAUGGUUUGCUGAAACAGAAAGAGAUCCUUCAUUCCCCUUCUGCAAUAUACAGAUACAUAUACAAUAUACAAUUCCUUCGGCUUGGUUUCUUAUGAAUUUCUUAUUAUUUGUAUAGGACAUAUAUCAUUAUUGGGAUUUCUC